AUGAAAACCCUGUUCUCCACGGAUUGUGUUAUCACCGAUCGGGCAGGUGUGGUGGAAAACCGACACGGCGUCCACGCCGCUGUCGUCGACGCUCGCGGUCGCCUGUUGUACGCCGUUGGUGAUCCUUCAAGGAUCACCCUUGUCCGGUCAGCAGCCAAGCCUGCCCAAGCACUGGUGAUCGUUGAAACAGGUGCCUUGCAGAAGUUCAAUCUCGACGAUGCCGACCUAGCACUGAUGUGCGCUUCGCACAAUAGCGAGGACCGCCAUGUUACUCGGGCCCGUGGCAUCCUGUCCAAAAUUCAAUGCAGCGAAGAGGAUUUGCAAUGCGGCGGUCAUCCUGCUGUCUCGGAUGUUGUUAAUCGUUCCUGGAUCAAGGAGGAUUUCACGCCGACGGCGGUCUACAGUAAUUGUUCCGGGAAACACGCCGGGAUGCUUGCUGGGACGAAAGCCCUCGGCGCCGACGUGGGAUCAUACCAUCUCCCUGCUCACCCCAUGCAAGUACGAGUGAGGGAAGCUGUGGAUGAAAUUUGCCAUCUUGAAGCGAGUGGAUCAUUAUGGGGCGUUGACGGCUGCAAUCUCCCUGCGCCCGCUUUCCCCCUGCAUUGCCUGGCACGCAUGUAUGCCGUCUUUGCUGAUGGAGCUAGCCAAGUGCCGACUCACGGACCCAAUACAACUCCAAGGACACAGGCACUGAGCCAGGUGUUCAAUGCCAUGUCCACAUAUCCCGAGCUUGUCGCUGGUGAGGACCGGUUCUGCACGAUACUCAUGAAAGCCUUUCAAGGGUUGUUGAUUGGCAAGCUUGGUGCGGCAGGUUGUUAUGGAAUCGGUGUGAAGCAGACGGAACGGACGCGGGAGCUCGGAGCCGAAGGUGCACUUGGAAUAGCUGUGAAGAUCGAAGAUGGAAAUAUCGACAUUCUGUACUCCGCAAUCACGGAGAUUCUGGAGCAGCUUCAAAUUGGCGAGCCGGAGUUGCGGCAACCACUUGCUCGGUUCCAUUGUCCUGAUAUCAAGAAUACUGUGGGGGUUGUGACAGGGAAGACGUCUCAUGCAUUUAAAGUACGCGCUGUGGAAGACAAUGAUCUGGUAUAG